GGGGCUGGAUGGGAGGGAGGGAGCAGCUUCAGUACCAGGCACAGCUCUCCCUCAGCACGGACACACAGAGGAGGAGGCUCCUACAAGCUUCCGACACCGUUUCUCCUGCUGCUGCUCCUCUCAUUCUCUCACGGAAAGCGUUUUCGAGGCCAUUGUUAAUCCAGCGGGAUAUUCUUAUUUUUUUUUAUUUAUUUACCAACAUCUAUAUUUUUUCCUGUAUUUCUUUUUUUUAACGGAUUCCGAAGCCGAGGGGAAUAAAAAAAAGGAGUGUCGGGUGCACAAAUGUUCUCGUUACACGAGGGUAGCGGGCUGCUUCUUCUCCUGCUCGCAGCAGGACUGCAGAUUGCAGCAGAGGCCAGGGGUGCCCCACCAUGCAGGCCGGGCUUCUCUGAAGAUCUCUACACGGUGGUGAUGCCAGAUAUCACAGAGGAAGGAUGGCCUCUCUUCAACGUGAAAUUUGUCAGCUGUGGCCGAGGUGGUCUGGUGCGGUUUGAAUGCAGCAAUCCAUCUGACUAUCGGAUAGAAAACGAUGGUGUAGUUUAUGCUGCAAGGACUCUUCAGCGCACUCAAGCCCCUGCAUCGCCCUUGCUGAUCAAGGCUGUGGACACAACCACUCAGCAGCAAUGGGUGACACAAGUCAAGAUGAUGCCUCCCACACAGGUCCAGGAACUCGCCGUCCCUUCAGGCAUGGCCAAAAGGUUAAAGGAAAUAGUGUUUCCAUCACAAAAUGCAGACGGCACGCUGAAACGCAGCAAACGAGAGUGGGCCAUCCCUCCAAUCAAUGUGCCUGAGAACUCCAGAGGCCCAUUCCCACAGGAGCUCGCCCGGAUUCAUUCAGAUUUUGAUAAAAACCGACCCCUGAGGUAUACUGUGACGGGUUCAGGUGCUGACCAGCCCCCUACUGGAAUCUUCACCAUUGACCCCAUUUCUGGAGUAUUAUUCGUCAACAAGGGUCUUGAUCGAGAGCACAUUUCCAGUUAUCAUUUGAGAGCUCAUGCAGUAGACCUGAAUGGCAACCAAGUGGAAAACCCCAUAGAUAUUGUGAUCAACGUUAUUGACAUGAAUGACAACCGACCUGAGUUCACUCACCAGAUCUGGAAUGGAAGUGUUCCAGAGGGUUCCAAACCAGGAACAUUUGUCAUGACUGUAACAUCUAUUGACAAAGACGACCCCAAAACGUCAAAUGGAAUGUUUCGAUACAUGAUCAUGUCCCAGAACCCAGAGAGCCCAUCCUCUAAUAUGUUUACGAUCAACAACAACAACGGAGAAAUCAUUACAGUGGCUGCAGGCCUGGACAGAGAGAAAGUGCCUCAGUACACUUUGAUCAUCAAAGUGACUGACAUGGAAGGAAACCCUAUGUACGGCCUGUCCAACACAGCCACUGCUGUCAUAAGCAUCACUGGCAUCAAUGGCAGUCCAUCAGAGUUUGCACCUGAGAUGGUCCAGGAACUCGCUGUCCCUUCAGGCAUGUCCAAAAAUUUAAAGGAAAUACUGUUUCCAUCGCAAAAUGCAGACAGCACACUGAAACGGAGAAAAAGAGACUGGGUCAUCCCUCCAAUCAAUGUGCCUGAGAACUCCAGAGGCCCAUUCCCACAGGAGCUUGUCCGGAUUCGUUCAGAUCAUGAUAAAAACCGAUCCCUGAGAUACAGUGUGACGGGUCCAGGUGCUGACCAACCCCCGACUGGAAUCUUCACCAUCGACCCCAUUUCUGGAGAAUUAUCUGUCAACAAGCCUCUUGAUCGAGAGCACAUUAACAGUUUCCAUUUGAGAGCUCAUGCUGUAGACCUGAAUGGCAACCAAGUGGAAAACCCCAUAGAUAUUGUGAUCAACGUUAUUGACAUGAAUGACAACCGACCUGAGUUCACUCACCAGAUCUGGAAUGGAAGUGUUCCAGAGGGUUCCAAACCAGGAUCAUUUGUCAUGACUGUAACAUCUGUUGACAAAGACGACCCCAAAACAGCGAAUGGAAUGCUUCGAUACAUGAUCAUGUCCCAGAACCCAGAGAGCCCAUCCUCUAAUAUGUUUACGAUCAACAACAAAACUGGAGGCAUCAUUACAGUGGCUGCAGGCCUGGACAGAGAGAAAGUGCCUCAAUACACUUUGAUAAUCAAGGCGACUGACAUGGAAGGAAACCCUAUGUAUGGCUUGUCCAACACAGCCACGGCUGUCAUCUCAAUCACAGACAUAAAUGACAACCCACCGGAGUUUGUCCAAGACAAGUUUUCUGGGGAUGUGGAUGAGAAUGCCGUGAAUGUAAUAGUGGCCAACCUCAGCGUGACUGACAAGGACCAGCCCAAUACUCCUGCAUGGAAUGCAGUGUACAAAAUCACCGGGGGCGACCCCACCGGCAGGUUCUCUGUGCCCACCGAUCCAACUACUAAUGAGGGUCUGGUAACAGUUGUCAAGCCCAUUGACUAUGAAACCAACAGGUUGUAUUUGUUGACAGUGGAAGCAAAAAAUGAAGUUCCCCUGGCCAGAGGGAUUCACUCUCCCAGACAGUCCACUGCCACUGUCUCCAUCAGAGUAAGGGAUGUCAACGAGAGUCCUUUCUUUGACCCUAACCCUAAACUUAUCAAGCUUGAGGAGGGGUUGAUGCCCGAGUCCCCUUUGACUACUUUCACUGCACAGGAUCCCGACAGAUUCAUGCAGCAAACUAUCAGAUAUUCCAAGCUCUCAGAUCCGGCCAACUGGCUUAGGAUUGACCCAAACACAGGCCGGAUUACAACAAUUGCCAUUUUGGACCGCGAGUCACCCGAAGUGAAGAACAGCAUAUACAAUGCAACAUUCCUGGCAACUGACAGUGACAAAACCCAUCCAGCAAGUGGCACAGGCACUCUACAGAUCUUCCUGUCGGAUAUCAAUGACAAUGCACCAAGAGUGUCCCCCCCUGAGGCAGAGAUAUGCGAAAAGCCGCAGCCAAACUCCAUCAACAUCACCGCCUACGAUGGGGACCUGAGCCACAAUGCAGGCCCCUUUGCAUUUGAGUUGGCCCACCGGCCUUCAGAGGUCAAGAGGAACUGGACCAUAACAAGAAUAAGCGGUGACUAUGCUCAGGUGAGCCUAAGGAUUGGCUUCCUUGAGAGUGGAAUCUAUGAGGUCCCCAUCAUAAUCACAGACUCGGGCAACUUACCCAUGUCCAAUACCUCCUACCUACGGGUUAAAGUGUGCCAGUGUGACAUGAAUGGAGACUGCACGGACCAGCAGCACAUCAUGGCUGCUGGUCUGGGCACAGGAGCCAUUAUUUCGAUCCUCCUCUGCAUCAUCAUCCUUCUCAUUCUAGUGCUGAUGUUUGUGGUGUGGAUGAAGCGGCGGGACAAAGAGCGUCAGGCUAAACAGCUUCUCAUCGACCCCGAAGAUGAUGUGAGGGACAAUAUUCUCAAGUAUGAUGAGGAAGGAGGCGGAGAAGAGGAUCAGGAUUAUGACCUGAGUCAGCUUCAGCAGCCAGACACAUUAGAGCCCGAUGCCAUCAAGCCACUUGCAAUCCGCCGUCUAGACGAGAGACCCCUCCACCCCGAGCCACAGUAUCCAAUAAGGUCAGCAGCACCCCAUCCUGGAGACAUCGGAGACUUCAUCAAUGAGGGCCUGAAGGCAGCCGACAACGACCCCACUGCUCCUCCCUACGACUCCCUGCUUGUGUUCGAUUACGAGGGCAGCGGUUCCACGGCCGGCUCCCUAAGCUCGCUCAAUUCCUCCAGCAGCGGGGGCGACCAGGACUACGAUUAUCUCAACGACUGGGGCCCUCGUUUCAGAAAACUGGCGGACAUGUACGGCGGAAGCGAUGACUAGGAUGCACAGGCACACCGCGACGGAUGAAAAGUUAAGAUUUUUAAGAAGAAAAAAAAAAUGAAGAGAAGGAAAGAUUUCCCAAUGAAGGACACAGACAGCUUCUGAUAUUCCCUGAGAGUAAUAGAACCGUGACUGAAAAAAUACAAAUGAUAAACAAUGAUUCAGAAUUAUUAUUUUUUUUCUUUUCUCAAAAGGAAACACACAAAAACAACCAACCUAGGCUUAUUGUUGUAGUCUACGCAUACAUAUGCUUGUUGAAAGCUUAGGCAUAGCCUGUGCUCCAAGUGUGAAGGACGUGGGGAGAUAACACUCGGCGGACUGUCACCACUCAGAUUGUCGGUAUUGAAUGCGCUCAGUUAAACUUGAAUUUCACAGUACAGAAGCACUGGGAUAUAAUGUGCCUUUUUGUACAUUUUUUUGGAUCUAAAUGAUUAGUUUUAUGUUCAAGGCUUUAAUGGUACUGACUUUUGGAGUGAUUUCAAACAAAGUAUGUUACACUAUGCUUCUACGUGCUUUUUUUUCUUUUUUUUUGGUUACACAAUGCUCCUGUUUAAAUAAUAUUUAAAUAAAUCUCGGAUGGAAGGAAAAGCGAUUUAAACAGCACUGUACAGUAUGCUAGACUUUUAGUUACUCACUAAAAAAUUAAAAUUAUGCAGCUGGUUGCAAAUAAAGGGAGUUAUAAAUCACACUUUUUGUAGCAAUAUUUUCUUUAGUUUUUUUUUUUCUUUUUUUUUUGAGGUGAUGUAGUAUUUUACAAAAAAAUGAAAAAUAAACUGUUUUGGUCUAAUCUAUGUACACUUAAUUUGCCUUAGUUAUUAUCUGAUGUUUUCAACUUUUAUUUCGCUGUAAAAAAGAUGUGUACAUACUGUUAUCUUUUCCUUUCUCCUUUUUUUUGAUGUGGUAUUAUGAAACAGUGCAAAAGUCCCAAACUUGUACAUGUAUAAUUUGGAUGACAAACUAAAAGUUUUUUGCAUGUUUUUAUCUUUUCAUAAUGACAAAAAUUUGAGAAAAAAAAAAAAAUUGUUCCCCAAAUUUAUUUAGUGACAGCAACAAGAAAAUACAAUUCUUGGUAAGAUUACAUGUGUAGAAGUUAAAGUUUUUUUGUAUAAAAAAAGAAAUAAAAAAAAAAUAAAAUGAAGAAAAACAUUGAGAAGUAGUGAUCUUGUCCGCACAACAUUUGAAUUUGUACCAAAAAGAGGGAGAGUGGGCUUGGUAAAAUGCUAACGGGAACUGACUGAUUCAGCUUUAAGACUAGAAAGGGUUUUGAACUUGAGCCUUGUGGAUAACGGUGUGUACUGGAACACAAAUUAUACAUCUCUGACCCCCAAUCAUCCAAAUAAAAGGCUGAUUUUGGAGCUAA